AUGAGCAAGUCAUGACAGUAAUAAAAAUAAAAAGAUGCAUGAAAAUUUAUUCUCAAGAAGAAAAAAAUUAUUGCGUCAUAUAAAUUUCCUCCACAAACAAGCCCACCCAUAUUAAAUAUUGCGUCAUCCAACUCAUCCUCCACUAUAUAUUCUUCGCUCACCAUUGUCCAAAUUCAAAAUCCGCAAACUCUUUCUUUCUUCACUUGCUUUUCUACUCAUUCUCUUCCAGGUAACAAUGCAGAAUCCAGCCACAGAAAGGUAUUCUUCACUGGAGACAGCGGUGGCAGAGUGGGUGGCGAGGGUGGCGGCUGGAAGUGCGGUGGUGAUAUUCAGCAAAAGCACGUGCUCCAUGUGCCAUGCAAUGAAGGUUCUUUUGUAUGGAAUUGGAGUACAUCCAAGAGUCUAUGAAGUUGACGAAGAUCCAAGAAGUGAAGAAAUUGAGAGGACGCUGAGUUCAUCAACUGGUAAUGUUGUUCCAGUAGUGUUCAUUGGGGGGAAACUUGUUGGUUCAAUGGAUAGAGUUAUAAGUUUCCAUAUUAAUGGCACAUUGGUUCCACUUCUUAAGAAUGCUGGAGCUCUUUGGCUUUGA